AUGACAGCAACCCCAUCCUCGUUCUCAUCAAGUUCACCAGCUUUUUCACCAUUCUCAUCCAAUCAACUCAAGCUUCCAUAUCAGACGGACUCCUCCUGUGUAUAUCACCAAUCUCAUUCAUCACAGAGUCUGGUAUCUAAUUCUAAUGACUACAACGACAUCUUGCGCAUACUUAUCAAAGCUGAUCAUGACAUGCUUGUACGUGCUGGAAACUGCCCAUAUAACCAACACCUCCAGCAACUUGCUCAAGCAGAGAGCCAGCAUAUGGCUCUCUUUGCACAAAUUGUGCUAUACAAAAAUGCCUAUAACAAGAUCAUCACUGCCAUUCCACAGCUGCUUUCUACGACAUCCAAUCCCUUUAGUCACCCCAUCCCUUCAAUGCCUGUUUCGCCAUCAGUAAACACACCUAUUGCUAUAACAUGGAGUAUGCAAUGGUGCCCAAGCCGUAUAUUACUUGGGCAGGAUAUGAUCAUGCCAUUGGCACCGAACAUGGAUAGCGACUGCAGUAAACUCCCUUACUUUUCUCGCAAAGGGUGGAAUAGUCAAGAGAAAGGUAAAGCAGGAAAAGGUGGUCCACAGAGUGAGAACGUUGGGCUGCAAUUCGCUGAAGAUAUAAAUAGGCAAGCUGUGCCAUAUGUGGUGGCAAAGGAGAUGCAGGCGAUGCUCAACUCGCUCUUUCAUUCUUUGCUUGCUAAUGGCCAGGCAGCCGAAGUCUCAAAUAGCUUCACUCACGAAGCGCGCAUGUACAUUCACGUCACAAUGUCCAACCACUUCCCCCUGCUCCUGCUUUGUGAAGGAGGGCGAUAG